GAACACUGACGUACGUUUUGGAAUCAGUUACAAUUAAACUGUUCUGCGAACGAGAUAAAUUUUGUUGUUAUACGUUUACGUACAAGUAAGCAUGUAUAAGAAUAUACUCUGUGUUUUGGCUGUGGUAUUCCUUUCAUUUAUACUGCUAACAUAGAAUGAGUGACACAUUAUUAUGUGUGUCGUAUAUCGAGCGGGCUCCAUGUUCUUGGAAAUAACAAGAUUUCUUAAGCAGUCUGUUGAAGUCAUGUUGAACUUUCAGAGGUGAAAAUAUGAGUUUUGCUUAACGCUUGUAAAAUUGCGAGCUUUAUAGCCAACUUGGGUGUAAUGCCCUGUACUAUGUUAGCUGAAAGGCGACUGUCAGCAGGCUGGACAACCGGGGUUCCAUUCCUGGCAGGAGAUAUUGCAGGGUAGAUUCACUUGCAGGCGACCCUAAGUGAUUAAAACAAUGUGACAUCGUCUGUAACCCAUGUAUCUUCACAUCCACCAUGGUUAAUAGAGCCAACUUAGAAACAGUGCUGAGGAAGGAUGGUGUGAAUAUUCCCAGUGAAGUAAGUGAACAUGUGGAAGAGAUGAGUGAACUGCAGGAUAAUACUGAUACUAGUCCACUUACAGAGUUUGUGAAAGUUGAAAUGACAUUUGAUGACAUGUCAGAGUAUGCAGUGGAAGAGAACGCUGAUGUAAAUUUAACAUUAGCUGAAUAUGUAAAGGUUGAGUUGAGUGUAGAUGAUGAACAUAAUUCAGGCAGCAAAGAGACAUCUGUGAAGAUGGAGAAAAGUGAAUGUAAGGAGAAUAAUUUGUGUGCUGGUCAACUAUGUAAAGAUAUGCUGGGAGCUACUGAAUCAGAACAGAUUAAUACAGGUAACAUUCUCAAAGGAAUAGCACAUGCGGAAUCUUCAGUAGAUCUACAGGAUAAGGAAGAAAUUGGCAACCUACAAACUUCUGUGGAUACUUGUACUUCAUCAGCAACUACAACCCACAAACAUGAGUCAGGUUCAAGAGAAACUGAUAAACACACAAUUGAAUAUACUCGUGUAUCUACACGCCACACGAACAGACAGUGUGAUGAGUUGUGCUACGGAGGAACCAUGUCAGCUUCCAUGUGUAACAAAACAUUCAUGAGCCCGGAGUUUUUGACACGGUUUUUAGAAGCGUACCGUGAAUUGCCGGUUCUGUGGCAGGUUCGCAGCACAGAGUAUUCAAAUAGGGGAAAGCGGGAUGAGGCCUGGGAUUUACUCGUGCAGUUCACAAGAGAGAAAAUCCAUGAUGCUGACUUGAAUUUUGUUAAGAAAAAAGUGGAUAGUAUCCGGGCAUCAUUUAGGAAAGAACUGCGCCGAGUUCGGGAGAGCAAGAGAAGGGGUGCGUCUGGGGAUGAUGUCUACAAGCCAACGCUGUGGUACUUUGACCUGCUUUUGUUCACGGCAGACCAAGAGAAUCCUCGGAAAAGCAAAAGCAGUUUGGAUGAAGACGCUGAAGAUGUUGAUUGUGAUUCACAAGAAACAACAGCUUUGACAAUAGCAGAGGAUGAAGCGAGGGAAGGCGAGAUUACUCAAAUGUUACAUGAAGGCAAACAAACUUUGGACAUGGUUUCACAGUCUCCAUUUCUAAAAAGGAAGAAAACCUCUUCAAAAACUUCUAGAAGUGUCCAUGCCGAAGAAACACAGCGGCAAACUCUUAUUCAAAAGGCAAUGGCUAUAUUUAACCAACAAGAUGAUGAGUACGACGCCCUAGGGAAAACGUACGCUGCAAAACUGCGUCGCAUGCCUGCCACUCAGAGGGACAUUGCUGACAAAUUGAUUAAUGAUGUUCUGUUUAAAGGUCUGCAGAGUAAUCUUACACCUUCGACUUUUAUUUCUGAUUAUGGGUAUACAACUGGUGCCUGGAGGUCAAGUGAUACACCCUCUCCAUUCUCCACCUACUCAAACCCAACUCCAUCAGCAACUCCAGGUCCGUCUAACUACCCGGUACACUCCCCAGAACAGGACCCAGGAACUGUAUUUCCUCCCUAAUGACUGUAUUCGAUGUUAGGUACAUAUUUAAAGUUUUCUUACCUUCAAAUAUCUUUCUUUUAGAGCCUUGCAGGUCUCUGGAAUGAUUUUUUCCAAAGCUUGAAGUGAUAUAAUAGUGGCAAACUUGAGAUCUUCAAACGACCGUCCUGGGGCAAAAAAAUAAGAGUCGCUGCGAUUCGUGCUUCAGGGGUAAUAGCAUUCUGCAUCACAGUAUCUUCUUUCACUAUGAACGGUUUUACUUUUGCUACCAAAUACCUGAAGUUUUCAUCUGAUAUUCUGAAGUAGUUUUUGUAGUCUUCAGGUCUGUUAGUUCCAAUAAAGUUCAAUAAAUUUAAA